CGUCGUGAAAACGCAAAAAACACGCAGCUACCGACGCUUCACAAAUUUAAACAAAACCGUCUAUUAAAUUAAACAAUAAAUAAAAGUGCAAAGCUUAAGUAAAAGUAAAAUAGCAAUAUGAUGGGCAGCGCUGUGAACACACAAGUGACAACAAUGCGCAAUAGUGGCGCUGCUAUUGCGGCCUUGGCAAAUAACAAAGGACAACCGGGAGAAAAGCAACAACAGCAACAAGUGUCGUCGCAGUCGCAGUCGCCGCAACAAGUGACCUCGAGUUUAACUGAGAUUAUGGCUAAACUGCAAUUGGAUUAUGGCAAUUACAAAUACACUGUCUAUCGCUGUGCCAGCAAAUUUAUGGCCCUACAGAAAAUCUUUCACACUAGCAAAAUACCCUAUAAAUUGGUAUUGGCCAUAUUGGAACGCCAUGGCAUGCCCGCCAGCAGUGGCAAUUGUAAUUUGAAUUUAAUGGUGCCACCGUUUCAGCUCACAUCCUUGUUGCAUGAUAUUUAUUUUGCCUGCGAGAAACUGGGACACUUUACAAAAACACCCAAUUAUCAAUUGGAUGUAGCCACCGGACUGUUGGCCAAUUUCUUUUGGAACAUCUAUGAUCCACAUCGUCGUCAUUCCAUUUCGUUGCUGGAGAUCAAGGUCACAUUUCUGCUGCUCUGCAAGCUCUACAGCAGCGAUCACAUGGUCGGUGACUUCUAUUCUCUGCUCGCGGAUGCCAAAUCCCAGUGCGUCUCACGUUAUGCCUUCGAGCAGCUGCUGCUGACGAUCAGCAAACUCCUGAGUUAUCUGGGUGAGAGCAAAGCCUAUGGAUCGCAUAAUAUACCCACUAUGUUGGAGCAAUGCUUUGCACGUUGUCAUCAUGGUGUCGCCGGUUUGAAUGAGCAGCAGUUCCAUAAUCUCUGGACGCACACACAAACACGCUUUCUCAUCUAUGGCAAUCUGUUGGCGCUGGUGAAGCGCAUUGAGGAUACGGAGCAUUUGAUACAUAGCAAUCAGUGUGCUGGCUGUCGCAUGGAGCACAUUAUUGGCAUACGCUUCAAGUGUCAGGUGUGUCGGGAUGUAUCCUUGUGCCUGCCCUGCUUUGCGGCUGCCACGCCAGUGAGUGGCAAGCAUGAGGCAUCGCAUCGCAUGUGCGAGGUCUUUGUUGAGGAUCAGCCGACGCCAAAGCGUUGGACACACUAUCUAGCCAGACUUUGUGGCUGGUUUCCGUAUGCACAGAAGACACAACGCGCCGAUGCCGAGGAAGAGGAACGUCGUGGCUUCUGCAAUGCCCAGGAGAGUGUCGCCGGCGUGGGACAAACCAAUAAUGCCACCGAACUGGCGCCCAUUCCAGCCGAAACUCGCAGCAUACGCAGCAAUUCCACAAUGCGUCUCAAAUCCACCACGAAUGAGAAGCCAGCAACGACACAACAACCACAACAGGAGCUAUGCUCCCUAACUGGACUCGCCAGCAACGCCUCCGAGCGUCUUCAGUCCAUCAUUGAUCGCGUUCUACUGCAAAAUUCCAAACUGGAAACACAGCUGCAAUUGCUAUCGACGACUUCAAGCGCUGAAAUCUCGGAGUUUUUAAGUGCUCAUCAGCGGUUUUUGCUGCAAAUCAUUGAGGAUAUGCGACAACUAUCGCGCGCUUCUUCUGCUGCUCCAUUGAUCAGCUCCACAUUUCUGAAUGCCAGCACUCCACAGCGUCUCUCGGUGCCGGUUGGACAGCCAGUGUAUGAUAUGUAUGCGCCUGUCGGAGCUAAUUUAACACACUCCAUUAAUGGCGCUGAUUUAAAUCGCAGCUAUUUGGAGGCCAAUAAGUCGGAUUAUUCGUUGAGCGACAUCAGUUUGUGGUUCGAUCAACGUCGUUCCAGUUUGUUGCAAGCACCUGGAACACAAGGGGCACCGUUAUCAUUACCCAUGCCACUUGGUGCACUCUUGGAGCAAUCCAUCAAUGUGGAUAUGCGCGAUACGGAAAUGGCUAAUUUCAAAUUGUUGCUUAACAAAGUCAAGGAGAUUGUUGAGGAUUCGUAUAGUGACAAUGCUGAAUUGUCGGCAGCCACACAGAAUCUGGAGAAUGUCCUGGACAAUAUCAUCAAGACAGAGGAGGAACAAAGACGCAGCAUCGGCAGCACCACAAGCUCAAAGCGCGGACAACAAGUGAAGGCUUCACUGUAAUCAAAACAGAAAGACAAUAAUAUAUUGUCCAUACCUUGACAAAACCUGAAAGUUGCAAAUAUUAAUUUAAUUAUCAUUCCAAAUGCCUUAAAGUCACGUGCAGUUAUAUGUAAAUAUUAAUAAUUAAUUAAGCCAAGUUUCUAAAAUGUUUCUUAACAAUUUGAAGCUAAUGACAAGUUGUUAAAGACUCAGCUCUUCCAUUGCUGUAUACAUCCCAUGGGGUAUAUAUGUAUCUAUACCUCUUUAGGAUCAACAGCUGAUCUUCCGUCCUUAAAAUAGUAUUUUGUAUUAUAUUAAGCUUGUAUAUCAGACAAAAAGACAAUACUGACAAUAUCAACUAGUUUAACUAAAGGUUAUAAGUACAGUAAUUUCAAGUAAGUUCAAUUUAACUGUCUUUAAUUAAGUUCUGUUUACAGAAAGUUCGAUUUUGUGCAAGUUUGCUUAAACAAAACUCUUUUUGAUUUUGAUUUACAUAACCGAUUUUUAUUAAACUUUAAAAUAAAUGAAGAAACCACUUUUUGGUAUGGGACUCAA